AUGCUAUCCUAUAAAUCUUUAUAUGGAAUUGCUAAAUUCAAUCAACUCAAAGACUAUUAUGCUAUUCUUAAUAUAUCAAAAACUAAUGAUCAACCUACCAUCAAGAAAGCAUACUAUGCAUUAGCCAAGAAAUUUCACCCAGAUGUUAACCAAGGCAAAGAAGAUAAAUUUAAAGAAGUUAAUGAAGCUUAUGAAGUAAUCAUUUGUAUAUUCUUAGGUGUUGUCUGAUGAAAAUACAAAAAAGGAAUAUGAUACUGCAAGAACACCCUAAUCCUAAAAUAAUUAAAACUAAUAAUAGCAAUAAUAUUAUGACUCUAGAAAAUAUUAAUCUCAUUCUCAAUAUAGAUAAGGUUAGGAUUAUUAGUAAAAUUAUAUGUUUUAUUUAUAAGUCAAAAUCAAAACACUAGAAAUCAAUUUGAUGAAGCAAUAAGAAGAGCAUAAGAGCAUCUAAAUUAAUAAUAAUAGUAUAGACAAUAUGAGAGGAUGAGAGCUAAGUAGGAGUAUGAAGAUAGAAUCAAAUAGGAAGAAAUGUAUGCAAGAGCAAGAGAUUAAUAAUAUAAGGAGUUUGCAAAAUCAUAUCAUAAUGAAAAUAAAAGAAAAACCUUUUAUUCAUAAGAAGAGAAAGAAGCAUAUUAAUAAUUUGUUAGAUAAAGAGAAUUUGAAGAAUCUAUGAAAGAAAAGAUUGUAUUUAAACUAAAUAUUUCUAGCAAGAUUUUAAAUAAAAAGGAGAAUAAGUUAUGAAUGGAUUUUCAAACAUCACCAAGAAUUUAGGAGAUAUCAAAGAUAAUUUAGGUUCUAUUUGGAAUACUAUCAAAGGAAAAAAUCGAUGA